GAGGUCCUCAGUGACUCUCUCUCAGCCCCUCCUCUCCAUUCGCAACUGGAGUGUCAGCAUGGCGGCCCAUGAAACCAGAGAAUGUGAGACGGAAGGCUGUAAUAGCGAGGCCAAACUGCAAUGCCCAACCUGCAUCAAACUGGGAAUCCAGGGGUCUUAUUUCUGUUCGCAGGAGUGUUUUAAAGGAAGUUGGGCCACCCACAAGCUGCUGCACAAAAAAGCAAAAGAGGAUAAAACCAAGGAUGAUACAAAGAAAAAUGUAGAGAAUGAUGUCAAUACAGACCCCUGGCCUGGCUAUAGGUACACAGGCAAACUCCGGCCCCACUACCCCCUGACUCCAAUGAGACUUGUGCCAAGUUACAUCCAGAGACCGGAUUAUGCUGAUCAUCCAUUGGCAGCAGAGGUGGGUCUCCUAGCAGGAAUGUCUGAGUCAGAACAGGCCUUAAAGGGAACCUCUCAAAUUAAGAUCCUUUCUCCAGAAGAUAUAGAAGGAAUGAGGAUUGUGUGUAAGCUUGCAAGGGAAGUGCUGGAUAUUGCUGCCUUGAUGGUAAAGCCAGGAGUAACGACUGAGGAGAUAGAUCAUGCGGUCCAUCUGGCUUGUACUGCCAGGAACUGCUAUCCAUCUCCUCUGAAUUAUUACAACUUCCCCAAGUCCUGCUGCACGUCAGUCAAUGAAGUGAUCUGCCAUGGGAUCCCAGACAGGAGGUCUUUGCAAGAAGGAGAUAUUUUAAAUGUGGAUAUAACUGUGUAUCGUAACGGUUACCACGGAGACCUCAAUGAAACCUUCUUUGUUGGAGAGGCGGAUGAAGGAGCCAAAAAAUUGGUGCAGACAACCUAUGAAUGCCUUAUGCAAGCUAUUGAUUCAGUGAAGCCAGGCGUGCGGUAUCGAGAGCUGGGGAACAUCAUCCAGAAACAUGCGCAAGCCAAUGGGUUUUCCGUAGUACGAAGCUACUGUGGACAUGGCAUCCAUAAGCUCUUCCACACUGCUCCCAAUGUGCCACAUUAUGCCAAAAACAAAGCAGUUGGAGUCAUGAAGCCAGGCCACGUAUUCACCAUUGAGCCCAUGAUUUGUGAAGGAGGGUGGCAGGAUGAGACGUGGCCGGACGGCUGGACAGCGGUGACCCGGGACGGGAAGCGCUCAGCCCAGUUUGAGCACACCCUGCUGGUGACAGAGACGGGAUGCGAGAUCCUCACCCGCCGCCUGGAGGACAACGGGCGCCCGCAUUUCGUGUAUCAGAUGUAGGGUUAGUUAGUAAGGUGGGGGCUUACAAGCUCUUCCUGGCUCGGCCCCAGUGGAACUGUGCUGGGCACUGUUUUUCAUUACAGUUCCUGACGGCAGUACCUGUGGGAUUUCAGCAAGAUUUCCCCAUUCUUUGUUUUGUUUUUUUUCUCCGCUAUUUUUUUAAAAUGCAAGUACUUGAAUACAUCAGGAUGAUAUUUAUCAUGUGGGCUAUUUUAAAGUGAAGGGUCAUCCGUUUUUAUUGUCCUCAGAAGAUGCUGAAGGUUGUAAAAAAAAAACUAUGACAAAGGUGACUAUAUAAAUAAAGGUUUAUUUAUGAGGAGUGCUGUUUGGCACAACUGCACAUGGUGUCGAAUUUUGUAAGACAAUAAGUAAGUUGGGAUUCUGUAGACAAUGACCACCUGCAGGUGCUGUAGAACAUAGAAUUAUAGAAUGUGCUGGAAGAACGUACGUCGAGCGUUGAAAUUCCUUUCUCACUCUGGGCGACCUGACCGUUACAGUGAUGUAUUAGGGUUAUUACUUUAGGAACUUGUUAUUUACAAAUCCUAAAGUGCUGGACAGUUGGGCUGGGAGAGAAAAAAUGGGCUUUUCUCCAUUAGAAUGAUCACUUUUCACCGUACGAUUGCGGAUAUAGUAAAAAGCUCAGUGUCUUAUUGUGGUUUAAAUCAAGGCAGAAUAUAAAGGCACUAAUAAAGAUCUGGCUCUGCAACAUAACCGGUCAUUGUUGUCAGAAUUAGUGCAUUCCCAUCCUGGUUAACAUUUGUUCUCUUUAAGGUACAUGGCUUUCACUUUAGAAAGUCUAAACUCCACAGUCAGUCUUAAAUUCUUGCAGUAACUGUAGAUUUUCUUUUUUGAGGUGAGAUAAGAAAACCUUGUUUUUGUGUUCUGGGUUGUGUGUUCUCAUUGAGAAAAUGACAGCAUUACUCCUAAAGGCAGCCACAAGACAUUAGUCUGGAUAGUUGUUCCUCCUCUAAUAAGAGUGCCUCACAAUUUCACUACAAUGGUAGAACACUUCAGAAUUGUAUUGUUCACUAUGUUAUUGUCCAGUUUUUAAACUUAAACAUGUAGACAAAGAAUUCUGCAAGAGAUCAAUGCUAUCUCACCCAUACUUGUGUAAGAAGAGAACUGUAUGAAUCCCCCAGUCAGUUAUUUCUGUAGUGGGGGAAGGGAGUUCAUUCAAUGCUUUUUGAAAAAGGGAGAUUUCUUUGAAUGGCCUGAGCACGUUUUUUAGUGUGUUGAAGGAAGAAAUCGGAGGAUAAGGCAAAGUUGGCAUUUGUCGACAAAUCUGUUAUAAAGCCCUGAAAUUCUGUUCUCCUUUAAAUGUGACAGUGAAAAAUACUCCAAAAGACUCAUAAUGACAAUACAAAUCAGCAUGCACAAGCAUAACAUUUGUCCAUUAGAGGGGGUGAUAAGCUUACCUACAGUAGGUUUUACUGCCCUGCAGCUCCCUCAGACAAGCACUCUUUGUACUGUAUGUGGCAAUGUUACCUGUGGCCCCAUUCUUAUACACAGUAGAUUUCAUUGCUCCAGUGUGCACAGUGGUUACAGUAGAGGUUGCUAAAAAUCCUGAUCUCUUGGCACCAAACAGUAUGGGUUAGAAAUGUACAGAAAAUGGGGGAAAAAAUGGAAUAGAGCAGAAAAUUUUAAUGGUACUCUAGUUUGCAUUUGACGUACUGUAAAAUUCAACUUAUGGUAAGACUAGUUAAAAUUAUUUCAGUACUUAACAUUUUCCACCCACAUUUUUGUUAAGAGUAUGAAAUUAUUUUCAGAAUGUUAUUCUAAAUACAUUAAAAUUAUUUUUGUGAUCUUG